UUUCCCCCUCCAUUCAUUUCUCAUUCAGUACUUCCUGUGAAAGAUAAACAAAUGGCGCUCCGCACUUCAAACCAGAAAAUGAUUCAAAAUGUAAGCCGAAAACGGAAAUUUAAGAGUUCAAAAUGCCCAGACAGAAGAAAAAAUAUAAUGUUCGCUUUCCACCCGGACGCAUCAAGAAAAUAAUGCAAAAGGAUACAGAUGUCGGGCGAAUCGCAACAGCUGUACCAGUCAUCAUAUCUAAAGCUUUAGAAAUGUUCCUCAGAUCUCUUCUCAGCAUGACCUGUAAAAUAACCCAAUCCAGGAAGAGCAGAGUGAUGUCCAUCAAUCACAUGAAACAGUGCAUCCAUUCAGAGAGGUUGUUUGACUUCCUGAAGGAUUUGGCAGAUCAAGCCAACACUGCGUCAACAUCAGAGUGCAAAACUAAGGGCAAAUGGCAGUCACACAGGAAACGGUGGCAAAGUGUGUCUAUCAAGUCACCUGAGAGGGAGGAGCCACCCCAAAAAGCCACCAAUGAUCUGGUCAUCAACAGUGAUUCAUCCAGUGAGUCUGAGCUGUUCAUCUGCUUGGAAACUCAUUCACCUUGACCGGGCUUCUGAAAAGUUUCGCAAGACGCAACAAUCUCUCACUGAAAACUGCAGUAUUAUUUUUGAAGACACAACAAGGUGUUAGUUAUUCUUAGCAUCUGACAUAAAUAUUUAAUUUUUAAUUUGUGAAAUUGCUCUGUUGUGGUAUUAUAAUGACCAUGAAAUGAAUUAUAUAUUUUUUGUUUUCAUACUUAUUUCAAGGUUUCCAGGGAGUUUUAAAUUCCGAUAGGGAAGAAAAUAAUUUGUUUAUUAUAUAAUAGAGAUUUUGUGAUAGUGAGCAGCUCCACAAUUUUUUUUUUUUCAGUUGGAUUCACAAUUAAAACUGUAGUUUGACCUGUC